AUGAGCGGGUAUCGACCCGCUGCGUUCGAUCUCCCUCGAGCGCUCCUACGCGAAGCAAAGAACCAAAUUGUAUCGGUAGAGACCAAAAAUGGAAUGGAGUACCGGGGGCGCCUGGACAACGUGAGCUCGCGGAUGAACCUGGUGCUCAGCGCGGUGACGGUAUUGAACGCGACUGGCGAGCGCACCCAAAAAAAUCGUGUUCUCGUCCGUGGUGACAGUAUCGUGCUUGUAGUGCUCCCGGAAGCACUAGAAGACGCACCACAGCUGGAUGUCCUAUUACAGGUAAAGCAGGCCCGGAAGGCGGCGAUGCACGUGAACAACACUGACCGCAAGUCACGUGGAGCGCGUCGUUCCGAGGCAGACGUACACGAGCGUUCAGGUGCCAGCACGCUGCCACUACCCCAGAGCGAGUCGCAGCCGCAACUCAAGCGAACUCGAGUUUUCUUGAGUGGUAAUGCGGAGACCGUUCAGCGAACCAAAGAAGGAGGCGACUCGAACCGGCGGAACGUGUGA